ACAUGAUUGUCCACUUAUCUUGUUUGGUGAAGCUCGUGCAAGCAUUGAUCCGGUAAACAAUCCCUGGAACGACAUGAAUGAAAUUCCCAUAGAUGAGUCAGAGACUUCAAUGAACAUGAACCGUAAUAUCGAAACGAGUCUUCAUGAUCGUAAUCUAUUAAUUGAAUCUAGAAGAAUUGAACUUGCUGAGGACAAAAAGAAAUUUGAGUCGUUAUUGAAAAUCGUUUCAGAUAAUAUCCAAAACGAUCAGUUUUAUCAUACAUAUAAGCGACUGAGACAUGUCUUAAUGAACGAAACACAGGCGUGUGAAGAGGCUUUAAGAGCUAGAACGCAACAGCGAACGUGGAAUCCACCACAUAAUUCAAGACUUGCUUUUUACUUAAAUUAG